GGGGUGCCAGUCUUCGUAAAUAUAAGAACAUGCUUUGCGUGGGAAAGUAGUAAUCCAUCAGGCAAUCUAGCAAGUACGCUUGAGAUUGUUCGGCGGAAAGUAUGGGGCAGCAGCUGCAAAAGCUUCGUAAGAUGAAUAACACAGAAGAUGAGGGGAUUGAGACAUCACUGGACAUGGACUGGGUAACCUCAUUGGAGAAGAAGGUGUCAGACACAAAAUUUAGGGCCAGAAACAGAGAGCCAACAAUAUACAGAGUCCCGUAUAUCUUGAAAAUGGUCGACCUCGAAGCCUUUGCGCCAUUGAUCGUCUCGCUCGGCCCCUACAACCUCGACAAAGGUCAUCUAAAGUCCAUGAAUCAGCUCAAAUGGAAGUACCUCAAGUUUGUCCUCGAGGAGCUGAACCCUCGUAUGGUCUUGGAGGACUACCUGAUUCGGUUCAAGGAUCUGGAAACGCAAGCACGCGUUGCCUAUUCGGAGGAAGUGGAGAUAGCAGCAACAGUUUUCUUGAAAUGAUGUUGCUGGACGGAUGCUAUGUGAUGCUUACAAUAGUGGAGUGGAACAUCGUGAAGGAGAUUAUUUCAUGGACUCAAUUUGAAGUACCACAAGAUUGGCGCACAAUAGUAGAGAGCAACUUAAAGACGAAGAUUUCAGAAGAGAAUACCUUGUUGACUCGAAGGGUAGUAGCACGAGAUAUUCUCAUGCUCGAAAACCAGCUUCCUUUCUUUCUUCUUGAAACUUUGUACAAAGCUGCAUUUCCUCCCGGCCCUUCCUUUCGAAGCCUAACACUCGAGUUCAUCCGCGGACAUUUCUCAAUAAACUUGAAACUUCCCAAAGACAACGACAAUGAGACUUUUCAUCACAUAAUUCAUCUUUUUCUUUCUUGCAUUGAUCCGACAACAAACCAUGGCAAUGGCAAUAGCAAUGAGUCCUCCACAUUUGGCAAUCGCCUUGUCCAUGACAUAUCAUGGAUUCCCAGGGCU